AUGCUACCUCCUAUGGUGGUCGGUGGUUUGCUUGGGGUCUAUCUCUACACGUGGCUUCCUGAAAUAUUCCAAUUAGUGCUCUAUGUAUUCACUGCUAUUCUCGCAUCAUGUAUGGGCUUCAAGAAGGGCAUAGGCUUGUGGAAAUCCGAGACAGAAGGGGCGUCUAGUGCUGGCCAACUAGGCGUGGUGCCACCGCCCUGCGUAACUGAAGAUACAGUGCUACCGUCCGUGACAUCAAGAGCUCGGUCCAUCUCGCUUUCACUGAAAUAUAAGAAGGCUAUUCUCAUCACUACUCUGUUGGCUGUGUGGAUAGCAGUUAUCCUCUCACGCCUGUUAUUGGGCUCGUCAUCUACGCCAAGUAUCAUUGGCAUCCCUUACUGCACCGGUCUCUACUGGGCUCUCUCCGUCAUCGUGUGCAUAAUGCUGAUGGCUGUGCCCGGUUUAUUUGUCGUAGCUAUCAAGUCGGCAGCCAUGUUGAAAUUGGCUGUGAAGCUCUCAGGAGCUAUGCUCUGUAAUGCAACAGCCAAGAGCUCUGCACUUGUCCUUGGAAAUAUCAUAGGUAUCGGUUUUAUAGCAGCCUUGGUUGGCCAGGGUGGUGGGAGUUUGAUAACGCCGUUGCUUCUUUACAUGGAGCUAAACCCUCAACAAGCUGCAGCGACAGGCUCUGUCGUUAUGCUCAUCACAAGCUCUAGUUUGGCGUUGUCUUUUGGCCUCGGGGGCUUCCUGCCCGCUGCCUCUGAUAUGUGGAUCGCAGUUCUGCCGUUUUUCGGGGCCUUACUCGGCGACUUGCUCCUAUCUAGAUUGCUCUUAUGGAGCCGCAGACUGAGUUUCCUCGCUCUCCUUUUGGCCGCUUUAGCCAUGACAGGCGCAAUGACCUGCCUGACAGACAUCCAACCGCAAGGUGAACACUAUAAUGGUGACACUCACCCCCAGGGAUCCAUGCAGCUUUGUGAUUAA